AUGGCAAGCAACUAUCAACAGUCUACUACUAGUGCAUUUGGUCAUGAAGAACAAGAUCGUCAUCGACUGCAAGAGGUGGAGAAAGAAGUGCAGAAUUUUCAAGAAAUAAGUCGUGUAAAAGAACAAGAAAUAGAUGAUUUGGAUAGACGAUUGGCUCAGAUUCGUCAUAGACAACGACAAUUAGAAGACGAACUUUCUCAACUCAAUGGUCAAUUAACACAACUAAACGAAGUUAUCGCACGAGCAAAUGAAGAACUCAAUCGUCUGCGGGAAGAAGAAGCAACAUUGACUGCAGAACGCAAUCAAGUUGAAAUACUUCUAGUUCGGGAACAAAAGAAACUCGAAGCAGCUGAAGCACAAGUGGAAACAGUUCGCCGUCAAAUCGAAGCUGCAGUAGAGGAAAAACGGCGACUAGAAGAUCGUCGAAAAGAACUAGCGGAAGAACUUCGUCAAAGUGAAACAAAUAAACAAGAAAUCGAACAAAAGAUAACGGCUAUUGAUGCUGAACUCCGUGCACUUGAACAGCAACUCGAACGUCUACAAACUGAACUGGAAGCACUCAGAGAUGUGGUUGAGAAUAUCAAAGAAGAAAUUAAACAACUGAACAAAGAAAUGAACAAACUCGACGACAAAAUAGCCGAAUUGAAGAAGAAACAGCAGGAAUUGAAAAGAUCAAAAAUGAAGAUUGAGGAGGAAGUGAAGCGAAUUGAAGAGAAAAUACGACACAUUAAUAUGAUCAUUCAGUUGAAACAAGGAAAGGAAAAAGAACUAUAUGAUUUUCUCACUAAAUUGAACGCGAGUAAGGCAGAACUCGAGGCAGCAAAGAAACAAGCAGAAGAACAUUAUGAACAAUUGAAGAAAGAGGUGGAUGAACUUCAGAAGACGAUUGAUUCUUUACGAGAAGAAGUGAAAACGUUGAGAAUAGAAGUACUCCAGUGGGAAGAAACACUUCGACUGGCACAAAAUGAUGUCGAGAUGACUAGGUGUCCAAUCGCUUUUCGAACGAGACCAUAUUCAUGUGAUAGCCCGUCAAAAGUUAGGUAUAGUGCGCCAUAUCCGGUUCUUGAAGAGCCCUUCAUUGCUCAUAUAUAG